GCGAAUUCUCCUCACUUUCUUCUCUCCUUUUACAACGUUUCUUGCUCACACGCUGGCUCUAGCUUGUUAGCAACACCUACUCGAAUCUUGGCUUGGUUGGAGAGUCCCGGUCCCAUCGAUCAAUCACCAUGGAAGCCAUGACGCGACUCCUUCUUGCUGUGACCUUGGUCGCUAUGGUCGCUACACUGCCGGUAUCAUUUGGCAAGGUGACGGAGGAGAUUCGCACGACGAUCGACAUCAACGAUGACGAGGCGGCCGAGCUCAGCGAAAACCAGGUGGCGGAAGCCAGGACCGAACUCAGGAAGAUCGGACUGAAGUCGACGCGCGAGAAGACAAUGUACACGGAUGCGGCUGGCAAGGAGAUGGAGAGAACCACGUACACCGUGACCGCUCCGUCCAGCACCGAGAGGCUAGUGGCACAUGCUCUGGUUCUGCACUCCGUUGUGCCCAACGUCUUCACUGCCGCUGAUGUGCAGGAAGUCCGCGAUCUGGAGGAGCGGCGCGAAUCUGAUGCUGCUGUCGGCUCCGUGCUAAACAACAAACCACGCUUCAUGGUCAAGUUCACAUCUGAACGCCCAGCCCCGGCUACCAAAACUCGCAAGCGUCGCUGGCUCCUCAAAAUCGAUUUAUCGGAAAAAAAAUUCAGGGUCUCCAUACAACUAUGGUGAAAAAGGAGAAGGACACAAUGUUCUGUUAUUUCAUGACUGAACAACGUACUGUAUUGAGUUCCCUUGUUCAAUUAUUAUGAUCACUUAUGCAAUGCCACCACGCCCCUCUAUCAGACAUCUAGAGUUCUGCCGCUUUCUUAAAAUGACACUCUCUUCCGCGGUGCCCCUCACCGCGUACAGCCUUUCAUGAUUUACACUGCUCCUUCUUCUUCUUGUUCCUUCGCCAGUCUAUUCUAUUCUAUUAAUAGUAUCAUUAUGUGGAACUAAUACCGUUACAUGUGGCUGCUAAUAGCGUGUUUUGUUUCUGAACACAGGAUACGGUUUCCAAUCUGUA